AUGUCUUAUUUCAUUUCAUGUUUUACUUUGCCAACAGCCGCCUUCUAUCCUCUGUUCCUUCAACAACAGGAUCCCCCCGCCCCCGCCCGCCAGAGUGAAGAUGUCGGCGACCCGCGCAUGCGUUCUUGCUUCUCUCACAGUUUAAGGUUGUCGCUUCCGGAUGUGGUUACCAACAAGUUGCACUCUCAUGUCGCAUCCUGCAGCUCAGGUGACGAUGCAUUUCUCUCGCAGUCCAAAGAAUACGAAGCAGGUGUCGUAAUUGCUAGCCCGAAGCAAAUCCAUAUUCAACUUUCUCUCUUUGUUUCUCUUUCUUUCUUUCUUUUUCUCCUCCUUUCUUUCUUUCUUUCUUUCUUUCUUCUUCUUCUUCUUCUUUUUCCUCCUCCUUCUUCUUCUUCCACUUUUUCUCUUCCUCUUCCUUCUUCUUCUUCUCCGUCUUCUUCUUCCACUUCUUUUUCUUCUAUCAUCUGUUCCCGUUCCCUUUUCUUUUUUGUUUAUUCAAUAUUUAAACCAUUUUUAUUUCCUUACCACAUUUACUCUCUCUCUCUCUUUCUCUCUCUUUCUCUCUCUCUCUCUCUCUCUCACACACACACACACACACUUCUCGGAUCCUCUGCAUCAUCCGACGCUUUUUUCUUCUUCUCCUUGUUUCUCUUCUUCUCUUUUGUCAUUUCUUUGUCCUUUCCCUCGCUUCUUCUACCACGCAUUUGUUUCAUCUUCCAUGAUCCACUUUCAUUCUGUUCUUCUUCUUCUUCUUCUUCUUCUUCUUCUUCUUCUUCAAUUCUUGUCACCCUCUUUGGUUUACUUCUGCUUUCUUUUACCCCCUUUUCUUCUUCUUUGUCAAUUCUUCAACUUUUUCUCUAUCUCUUUAUUUCUUUUCCAUUUUUCUUCUCUCUCGUUUUCUUUUCUUCCUUCUUCCUUCUGAAAAUGCAUUUUCCUUUUCCUUUUGAAUAUCAACAUUUCUUAUUCUUCCUCUUUCUUCUUCUUUUUCUUCUUCUUCUUCUUCUUCUUUCCGUCCCUCUUCUCCUUUUCCAUCUUCUUCUCCUCCUCCUCCUCCUUCUUCUUCUUCACUAA